CUGACAGUCGUUCGACAACCGGCACGGAGAUAUAACACGUUAUUACAAUCAUCUUGAACACACGCGUUUGAAAUGCGUAUAGUGACGUGAUAUGUGCAAAGUUAUUUGUAAGAGAAAAGUACUUCAGACUGUGUUUUACAGAUUCAUCAAGAUUUAUGUGGAUCAAAGGAUGGUGUAGAAGACAUAACUUUUACACGAAUAACGUCUGCAUCUCUCUCAAUUAUCACAAUGAUCAAAAAGUGUUGCACGUGUCCAUGCCUUCCCGGAUUCAGGGCCGCGUUUAGACCUCAACAUAUCAGACCUUCGCAGACGCCACGACCGCCUGCAAACAUUACUCCCGGGGAAGAUUUUGGCGUUCCAGUAUUGACGAUUCACAAUGUAGAUCCUUGCAUUGAAGAGAAUGGCGAGAAUCAUCGGACAUCCAGAUAUGAGCUGAUGACCCGUCAUGAUGACAGAGCGAGACUCGUUGUCAGACGUGGUCAGGAAUUUUAUCUGCAUCUCAGCCUAUCUCGAGACUAUAUUUCUUCCAUCGACGGGAUUUCCAUCGUCUUCACUUUGGAUGGCAUCGAAAGGCCACAAUAUGGACACGGGACAUUGGUGGCAACCGCUGUGCUCAAUCCUGGAGAGAUUUCCGAAGCUGCUUGGCAGACCACCAUUGACGCUAGAGCACAAAAUUUCUUAAGGAUAAAGGUUGUAUCAUCCCCAAAUGCAAUUAUAGGCAAAUGGAAAAUGGAGAUUGACACCAAGAACAAGGAAACUGAAGGAGCUGUCAGUUACACGAUGAAUCAUCCGUUUUAUUUGAUUUGUAAUCCAUGGUGCGAAGAUGACGUGGUUUACAUGGAAAAUGAGGCUGAACGUCAAGAAUAUGUGCUAGCGGAGGAUGGUUUAAUUUGGCGUGGAAGUCAUAAUCGUUUGCGACCCACCGUAUGGAAAUACGCGCAAUUCGAACGAGACAUUUUGGAUAGCGCCUUGCACCUGAUGAACCAUGUUGGCAAGGUUCGAGUUUCCGGUAGAAACGAUCCUGUCAUCAUAACGCGUUGUUUGUCCGCCGCGGUGAAUUCCCCCGAUGACAACGGAGCAGUGAUGGGAAAUUGGUCGGAUGAUUACGAAGGUGGCAUACCACCUACGAGAUGGAUGGGCUCGCAGAAAAUACUCCAGGAAUAUUACAGAACGAAGAAACCAGUCAAGUACGGACAGUGCUGGGUCUUCUCCGGCGUGUUGGCGACAGUUUGUCGAACUCUCGGUAUACCUUGUCGAGUAGUGACCAACUACUCGAGCGCGCAUGAUACUCAAAGCAGUCUGACUGUGGACUACUUUGUGAAUGCUGAAGGCAAAAUCAUGGAGGAGCUUAACAGCGAUUCGAUAUGGAAUUUCCACGUCUGGAAUGAGGUGUGGAUGAAACGAUUGGACUUGUCGCCGGAUUGUUCGGGAUGGCAAGCGAUCGAUGCCACUCCUCAAGAAUUAAGCGAAGGUGCAUAUCGUUGUGGACCAGCCUCUGUGGCCGCUGUGAAGAAGGGCGAAGUUCUACGUCCCUACGAUAACGCGUUCGUCUUUGCCGAAGUAAAUGCCGACAAAGUUUUCUGGCGUUACAACGGACCUACACAGCCCUUAAAAUUAGUUCGCAAAGAUAUGUAUGGCAUCGGCCAAUUGAUUAGCACGAAAGCUGUUGGAAAAUGGACGAGAGAAGAUAUCACGCACACUUACAAAUAUCCUGAAAAGUCUGAGGAAGAACGUGCUGCCAUGCUGAAGGCGCUUCGUCAAAGCGAGUCUUUGUUUAGCCGUUAUUAUCUCAAUGAGGAGUUCAAUGAUAUCAUGUUCACUUUUGAAUUGCGCGAUGACAUCAUAAUCGGACAGCCAUUUAGUGUUGUACUAUUGAUUAAAAAUCGGAAUUCAAUGAUGGAAUAUCACAUAUCCGCAAUUCUGAGAGUGGAGACUGUCUUGUAUACCGGUCGAGUAGGCGAUCCGGUGAAGAGAUUACAAAUCGAUAGAUUAGUCCGGCCAGGAAUGCUCGAGGAAAUUCGCAUGGAUGUUUCUUGGGAGGAAUACGGUCCUAGAUUAUUAGAUCAAUGCGCCUUCAACAUUGCUUGUCUCGCAACUGUCAAGGACACGAAUUUCGAGUACUUUGCGCAGGAUGAUUUUCGCGUCAGAAAACCCGACAUUAAAAUCACGAUACAUAACGAAGCAAUCGUCGGUCAGAUUCUCAACGCUUCGGCUAAGUUUCGCAAUCCACUACCAAUUCCUUUGAGAAAGGGUACGUUCCUUAUUGAAGGACCUGGUAUGGACAAGCAAUUGAAGCUGAAACUAUCAGAAACUGUCGAGGUGGACGCGGAUGCGGAAUGUAGCUUUUACAUGACACCGAAGUUAGAAGGACGUGCUAGGAUAGCGGCGAAAUUUUAUUCAAAGGAAUUGGAAGAUGUUGAUGGACAUUCGGAUAAUUUUAUAGUCAAACCGACAAAAAUAAUUAGUAAUUAUGAGUGAUGGCACGCGUGACAUUUCCGAGAAUAUUUUAUUUUGAAAAUAAUAAUUUAACACGUUUUUAUAUUUUUACAUGAUUUACAUA